AUAACAAAAAUGAAACAAAUAGUAUAAAGAGUAAUUGGGCCGAAUCGGGUCUUUUAGAGACCAAAAUUAGGGCACAAUUUUUAUCUCCCCAAUCUGAUAAAAAAAUACUCUGCAUACUCUCUCUUUCUCUCUCUCUUCCAACCGGAGUUAUCUCUCUCUGCAUUUUUAAGGAAGUUGGAAGCAAGUAUGUCGUCAGAUAAUGUAAAAGAAAAUGCAUCAGUAGCUGAUUCCACAGUGACCGAAUGGAAAAAUGGAAGAGGGAAUUUGGACGAACCAGUUAGUCCAAGCUUCAGAGUAAAUGAUGAUACCAGUCGUUCUAGAGCAGAGGAGGACACAGUUUCAUGUCCGCAGAUUGGAGUUUCAGGUGCAAUUGAAAAGGGUAAACCCUAUGACAUACGAUAUUUUGUAAUCAAGAGUUUGAACCAUGAAAAUAUCCAAGUAUCAGUAGACAAAGGGAUUUGGGCUACUCAAGCCAUGAACGAGGACAUUUUGGAUGAAGCAUUUCAUAAUUCCAACAAGGUGAUACUAAUAUUCAGUGUCAACAUGAGUGGUUACUUUCAAGGGUACGCCCAAAUGACUUCUCCUGUUGGUUUGAGAAGAGACCAAGUUUGGAGUCAAGGAAAUGGUGGACGUACUACUUGGGGUCGAAGCUUUGAUGUGAAUUGGCUGCGAUUGUCUGAUUUACCUUUCCAAAGAACUCUUCACCUUAAGAACCCAUGGAAUCAAUACAAACCAGUCAAAAUUAGUAGAGAUUGUCAGGAGUUACCUCCAGAUAUCGGUGAAGCUUUAUGUGAGCUCCUUGAUGGACAGGAUGCUUUGGAUGUUAAUUUGAAAAUGGAUAUAUUUGCAAGGAAUGAUCUCUCUUCUGAAAGGCCAUAUGUAGAGCCUUCACUGCAUCUUGGAUAUGAAGACUCUAAUGCAUCUCUGAUACCUAAUGGUUCCAUGUUUUAUCCCUCUUUACUCUACCAACAUCAAGUUAAUGCUAGUAGACUCCAGCUAGCACCUCAGAGAAUAAAUGGUGUAUUUUCUGCUGAGGAGUCAGCCAUUGCAUCAGGUCAAUCAAAAUCGAGACAGUCGAGGCACUCACAGAGAAAUGAAAGCCUUGCUAAUCUUCAUGUAGACACUGAUGUGAGUCCUCGAACUAACAUGUGGGGCUUGUCAGCAGAAAGGAGCCCUCUUGCCAGUAAUUUGACCGAAGAUGACAUUCUUGAAAUGACGUAUGAGGAGUAUCUUGAAGCUCAUAGCAGAGGCAGCAAAAGAUCGCACCACCCUGUUUCUGGACCAUCACGGAGUACACAGAGGUCAUUAGGCAGUGAAGAAAACUGUGAUGAUUCGCAAUCAGGUUGCAGUUCAAAGAAAAGGCGAAGUCACUAAAUCUCACCAACGAUUGCAUUGAAUUUCUUGGCGAUCAGGCUCAUUGGAUUGUUGCAGGUGUCGCGAAGUGGUGGCUCUUGCAAAUUUGUUCCGUUAUUUUCGGAAAACUUAUUGCUAUAAUGUUGUAGUGUAUCUGUAUUGUAUAUGGCCCUCUUGUCACCCUUCUCCCUUCUUGUUUUUUUGAAUGGAAAAGUUUAUAUUGUCAAUGCAAAACUUGUACAGUGA